AUGAAUAAUCUCGGGAGUGAUAUUGAGGAUAUUUGUGUGGAAGAUUUAGAGAAGACGGUAGAGCCGAUUCCUCAAAUCCGGAUUACUCAUCAAAGUGUUUGUGAAGAAUUGCAAGAAAUCGAUGUAGCAGGCGACUGCAUAAUCCCAGAAAAAUAUAAGUUGUGGAUUAUCACUUUUGGUUGUGCUCACAAUUUUGCGGACGGGGAAUACAUGAAAGGAAUAUUGUCCGACUACGGGUUCCAGUUUGCCGAAAACCGAGAUGAAGCCUCUUUGUGGGUGUUGAAUAGUUGCACAGUCAAAGAUCCUUCCGAAAUAGUCUUUCGGAAUUAUGUGACAGAAGCGAAAGAAAAGAACAAAAUGGUAGUUGUAGCUGGCUGUGUCCCUCAAGCUGAUUCGGAUGCUUCUUGGUUACGAGAUUUGUCGAUAUUAGGCGUUAAGCAAAUUCACCGAAUCGUCGAAGUUGUCGAAGAAACACUGAAGGGAAAUACGAUUCAUCUGCUCUCUCUGAAAGAGCUCCCUCCGCUCGAUCUGCCCAAAAUUCGUCGUGAUCCUCAUAUUGAAAUCGUUCCCAUAAGUGAAGGAUGUCUCGGGCAUUGCACAUACUGUAAGACACAGUAUGCUCGCGGAAAGUUGAUGUCUUAUCCUUUGCAGAGUAUCAUAAACCGUCUACGAGCAGCGUUUGAUGAGCAUGUUUUUGAAGUUUGGCUGAGCAGCGAAGACACAGGAGCGUAUGGAAUUGAUCGUGGGCUUUCAAUCGCUGACCUAUUAAAAGAAAUUCCCUCUGUGAUACCUGACCAAUCCAACACGAUGGUUCGCUUGGGAAUGACGAAUCCGCCUUAUGUUCUGAGCCAUCUGAAGGAAGUUGCAGCGUUUCUCCGCCACCCGAACGUUUUUUCUUUUAUUCACAUUCCCGUGCAAUCGGGCAGCAACGCUGUGUUGAACACGAUGCAGAGGCAGUAUACUGUGGAGCAGUUCACAUCGAUCGUUGAUUAUUUGCUCAAAGAAGUGCCCGGUUUGACGAUCGCCACAGACAUUAUCAUUGGCUUCGCUUCGGAGACCGAUGAAGACCACAAACAGACGAUGGAUCUAUUGAAGAAAUACCAGUUUCCAGUCGUGAACAUCUCCAAGUUCUUCCCUCGUCCCGGUACCCCUGCAGCGAGAAUGAAGCAUAUUUCUAGUUCGAUCGUGAAGGAGCGUUCUUCGGAAUGUUCGGCUUGGUUCAAAUCAUUGAAUCCAUAUCAGCAUUUUUUGGGCAAAGUAGAAUUAGUAUGGGUUGGAAGCGAGACAAGUCGGGAAUUCAUGGUGGGGCAUACGAAAGCCUAUGUAAAGGUUCUGCUUCCAAUGUGUGAGUCUCUGAGAGGAAAGCGAGUCGCUGCAAAGAUUACACAGAUUACUCGAUUUCAUGUUGUAGGAGAAAUCGUGGACGCGAAUCCGCCGUCCAUUGCUGAACAUUUUUCUCCGGAUGAACUUGCAACGUAUAUGGCAUCUCUCUAUUUGAUUGUUGGUUGCAAACAAGUAUCAUGA